CCCCGCCAGGAGAUUUCGCCUGUCUCUAGUCCCUAGUCUCAGGCACUUACAGACUCCUAGCCGAGCCACAAAUCCAGAUCUGUGGAAUGUCUUGGAGGUAUUCGAGCUUUGCCAGUGGAAUGGAGACGGGGCGAGUCUCUUCCCAAUGGAUUAGAGUGACUCGUAUGGCCGUCCGCCGCACCACCGUGGCCGACCCAUGGAAUCAUGGAUGUUGUGAGGCAACUGCGGUGAAGAGAGUGCGGGACCCUCUCACUCGUCCAAGAUCCUCACUCGCCCGAAGCGAACCUGACAAUUCUCGAAAACACCAACGCGGGUACUAUACCCAGUCAUGGUGCGUGCGACGCAUUCAUCCCACCCGACCCGACCGCAUCAUCGCCGGACAGGUGCACUGCGGCCUGCCGGAACCGGACGUUUUGGGCUCGCCUACGAGGACCGCUUGCCCCGGCGUUCCUUGCGAUUUUGAUAGACACACUGGACUGGAUGCUGUGCAGAAUCAAGUAUGCGAGGCUGAUGUCGAAGCCGGACUGGAUCCAUUCUCGGGGUCAAAUUUGAAAGCAGGGAUUGCGUCCUCGAUAUUCUGGGAGAAUAAUCACGGCUCAAGCAUUGAAGACCUUCCAUUGAUCGGCAGAAGCUGCCAGGGAGAGACUCUGUGUGACCUUCUAGUUCAGACCAAAGAUUGAAGUCGAGAAACGGUUGUCUGGGUAUUUUUGAUGCCCUACACAAUUGCUCUCUCGUGCUGGCAAUUUGGGCUAAAGACACCAUGUAUCAUUCGCUGGGCGGAAGAGGUCGCGCAGUCGAUUCCACGACAGGUGACGCGCUGAACUCCAGGCAACGAUCCCAGGGCCUGGUGUUCAACUCGACCGAUAGACCAGCAAACACCAAAUACUCCCUGGCUUUGCAACGAGACACCCGGCACCUCAGUUCAAGCCCAAGCGGCCAGGCUAUGGUUCUGCAUUGCCAAGUGGAAGGUUAUUAUAAUUUCCUUUGGACCUGGCUCGUCAAAACACGAUACCUUUCGGCAAACCUGGCUC